GGAGGAGGCUAAGGUGGCGUGUGUGUUGUGUGUGUGUUUGAAGGCAGGGAAACGGCGAGAAAGAAGCAAUGAGAACAUUCUCUCUGUGUGAUAGUCAUCCCAAUCUCAUUAAGCUCUGCGUUCCUUCCCGCUGUCCUCUCUGCAGCUUGAGUGAGUUAAUGUGUAUGCGUGCUGUAGCCAGAGGGAAGCUGCUGCUCUGCUGACAGGAGCCAGUACGAAGGCCUGUUCUUACACACACUGUGAAUUACUCUGCGACUCUUUUCUCUCCUUUUAUUCCUCCUCCUCUCGCUUUACUGCGCUCCACGACCUCACUGUACCAGAUGAAAAUGUCAGGAGAGGCAGAAUCUCUGUCAAACGGGUUGCAUAACCAGAAAAACAGGGAAGGUUUGGAAAUAUUAGACAGGUCGGAGAGAUCUGACCUGUCAGUGGCUCUUCAAGACUGCAUGGAGGCACUGGAUCUGUUCCUGAGAAAUGAAUUUGAUGAGGCUCUGACCAGACUUAGAAGCAGGAAUAAAGAAAGCAUGUACCACGCGCUUACAUAUGCCACUAUACUGGAAAUGCAGGCCAUGAUGACCUUCGAACCGGAGGACAUCUUGACUGCAGGAAACACAAUGAAAGAGGCACAGGCUGUGUGUCAACGAUACCGUAAGAAAUCAUCUUUCAACAGCAAAAACUUCACAGAAGAGGAGCUCCAUGCUGAAGUGUGCUAUGCCGAAUGCCUCCUCCAGAGGGCGGCGCUCACUUUCCUUCAGGAUGAAAAUAUGAUCAGCUUCAUAAAGGGAGGAAUGAAAGUGAGGAACAGCUAUCAAAUAUACAAGGAGCUACAUACAGUCCUGAAGUCCCCAGGCUAUGUUCCCGCUGACAAUCAUGGUCAUUUUGAGGGAGGCGUUAAGCUUGGGGUCGGGGCCUUUAACCUGAUGCUGUCGUUGUUGCCAACACGGACUCUCAGGUUGUUGGAAUUUGUGGGCUUCUCUGGUAACAAAGAGUUUGGUCUUGAGCAGCUCCUGGAGGGCUCCACUGAGCACACGUUUAGGUCUUUCCUGUGUAACAUGUUGUUGCUUUGCUACCACACCUUCAUGAGCUUCAUUCUGGGCACUGGAGAGGGAGAUGUGGUAGAUGCAGAAAAACUGCUACAGCCUUAUCUUAUAAAGUAUCCGAAGGGAUCCAUUUUCCUGUUCUUCGCUGGUCGAAUUGAGGAAAUUAAAGGAAAUCUGGAUGCUGCUAUUAAGCGUUUCGAGGAAUGCUGUGAAGCUCAGCAGAAUUGGAAGCAGUUCCAUCACAUGUGUUAUUGGGAACUGAUGUGGUGCUUCACUUAUAAGAGGCACUGGAAGAUGGCCUACUUCUACGCAGACCUGCUCAGCAAAGAGAACACUUGGUCUAAGGCCACAUAUGCGUAUAUGAAAGGUGCUUACCUCAGCAUGCUGAGUCGUGAGGAAUGCCAGCCGUUCCCGGAGAACGAGGUGGCUUUGUUUAGGCAAGUUCCCAGUCUGAAGCAGAAAAUAGCAGGGAAGUCAUUGCCCACAGAGAAGUUUGCCAUCAGAAAAGCUCGACGCUAUAAUACAGAUAACGCCAUUCCUCUUCCUGCACCUCCAUUGGAGAUGAUGUAUAUCUGGAAUGGCUACACUGUGAUUGGGAAGCACAAGGACCUGACUGAGGGCAUGCUGAAGACCCUGGAGGAGGCUCAGCAGAUGCUUGAGCAAUAUCCAAGGUCUGAGUUCACCACAGAUGACCAGUGUGUGGUUAGUCUGCUUAAGGGGCUCUGUCUCAAACACUUGGGUUACAAGGAGGAAGCGGAACAUUACUUCACCCUUAUCCUCUGCAAUGAGAGUCUGAUUAAAUAUGACCACUACCUGGUGCCCAAUGCUCUUCUGGAACAUGGUUUGCUGUGUUUGGAGGAGGGCAGAACAGAGGAGGCCAUCAAACUACUGGAGACAGCCAAGCAAAAUUACAAGAACUAUUCCAUGGAAUCACGGACACACUUCCGGAUCCAGGCAGCACUACAUAAGGCCCGAGGCACAGCUGUGAAUGGAGACUGCUCACCCUCCAGCCCUUAACUGUUGAGGUCACCGCUGGGGUCAUAGAAAGCCAAAAUCAGGCUUGAUGUGGGUUGCCAAAUGCCAAGAGGAGAACUAAAAGUGUACAUGACCAAUCAGACCCAAUCAGAGUUUAUAGUGACAACAAGUUAGCUUCAUUUAAUGACGCACACAAUUUAAGGACAACAGCUGCAUGAAUAUGUUUUGUGAGGCAGUGCAGUUCAGUCGAGACACAGAAAUGACAUCAUGCUUUUAUGAUGUCAUAUAAAUAACAUUGUGCUAGAAUUUUAAAUGUACCAUUAAUAAUAAUGAUGAUAAUAUUAAUAUAAUACAAGUUAUGCCAGUCCAAUAGGAUUAUAUUGGUGCAGCAAGCUAAGAACAUUGUGAACUCGAGUAAGGCCAUCCGUCAAUCAUUUUAUGGCUGCUUUCAGACCUCUUUUAGGUAAUUCUCUUUACUAUUGGUCACCCUGUGACAUCAAUAGCUAGACAUGGCUGUGCCUUACGGCUAAGCGAUUUAUUUGGAUUUAAAGCACGUGCAGAAAUAUUAGUUUCCUUUAAUCUUUGGAUUUUAAAUAGGUUAUGAAAUAAACCUAUUGUCCAGAGGUGAUUUGAUGAACUUAAGGUUCGAUAUCAUGCGUUACUCUUUGGAUCGAGUACUGUGGCCUUGUCAAAUCUCACGGACAGGAUUCCUUUUCUAAGCUUUUUUUUUUUUUUUAUCAUAUAGCAUUGUCAUUGUCUUUCUGUGUAUAUAAUUAGUCUGUUUUAGCAAUGUGUUUUAAAAAAGAGAGAAAACAAGCAUCUUCACAACAGCAUAAAAUGGCUGUUAGAAUGUAAACUGGAAGUUUUGGGGGUUUAGUCAGCUAUUUCUUUUUUAGUAUUUAUUCACUAUGAUGGCGCCUUUCAAAAUGUCCCGUUUUAAGUGGGCAGCUGAAUGUGUCUUUUAGAAAGGCAGUCUCCUUCAUGUGGACUUGUUCCAGAUCGUACUUGAGCUCAAACAAACAAGGCUUUUAGAUACAUGCAAGACAGGCUGGCAUGCCAGCUCCAGUCAAUAUGAGGGAUGCAUUGACAACCACUACAGCUAUACUCUACACACAGAGAAAGAAAAUUUGAGCUGGUUCAGGACAGAGGAUUGUACUUUGUUCAUGUUUGUACUUUGUUGUAUGAAUGCUACUUCAUGGAGCUUUUCCCCAUUGUGCUGAGUUCAACCAACUAAACACAGCUUGUAUUGUUGUUGUCAAGUACAGCAAGGAUUGUGUUUUAUAUUGAAUUAGCCCAGAUUAGUUUUAAAAGUGUCCAUGGAUGGAUUUUUGCUCUUCUGCAAUGUAAUCUUUAUAGUGCCUGUUUUAUGAGAUCCAUCCAGUUCUACCAAAGUCAAACUUGCAUUAAGCAAAAACAAUCAUGUGCUCAUGUUGCUCAAAAAUGUCACAGACUACUUGCAACAUGCCAUGUUUCAAGUGUGGUAAACAUGUAAUGAUGUAUGGGGUUUUCAUUGCAAUUGCUAUUGUUUCUCCCUAAUUGAACAUUUUUAUUGAUUUAGAUUUUACAGACUUUGGGCUAUAGAGGUCAGCAAAUCCUGUAUGUGGUGCAUGGCUACUGUGUAAACGCAUUCCUGUAAAUACUGGACUUACUUUUUUUAUUUAAAAUUAAAUGAUAUAAUAGCA